AAGAAGACGCCUAUUGUUAUUUUGGGGGCAUAUGUUGAUGUUCUGCUUUGCUUUAAGACUUCUGAUUUAAGAUCUGAUUGAUUAAUAGCAUAAUUUUUUUGACUAUUUAAGAUGGAUUGUGCACCACUGAACUUGGCGCACUUUCACGAACGCCGCUCUCAGCGUUUUAUGGCGCGUCAUCGUUAUGAGGAGGCAGCCGCUGCGCUGGAUAUAUCCCUAUUAUAUUUAUCAGAUGCAUACAAAAAUGUUACGCAAGCCAAGUCGAGGGAGGUACUCGAUACACAGAAGUGGGAGUUUGAGCGAAAACUACGCCAGAUAGAAAUUCGUAAAAAGCAGCACGGCCUCACAAAACUAAAGGAUUAUGCACCGCUUAAGGAAACCAGCCCUCUGUUGCCACUGCGUCCAGAACAAAGCGGGUCCGCUCAAUCUGUAGCAAAGGCCAUUGAUAAGACAGUGCAAGAUUUUGAUGCUAAGUUCACGUCCACAAUGACUAGACAGAAGACUCCAAUACCUUCGGCAAGAACAACGCCAACGAUCAUAGAACCACAUAUGUUAACGGAAGCCAUGUCCAAGAGCGAACCGCAGGUAGCCCAGAUGCAUGCAGUAGGUGAACAGAGUGAAGACCACGAUAUACCGUCACUGGCACCACUAGAGCUACCAUCGUUUGACUUCACCAUGUUUACCAGCUCCUCGGCCCCAUCGCUGGCAAGCUACGCCGGCAUGGCUGAAAACUUCCAGAAGUAGCUACUUAACUAAAUUAUUAAUAGAGAAUAAGGGUUGUUCAUAUAAUAA